AUUCUGACAGACUUUGCGUUUCUCACAGGUGCCUUACUCCAACUUAGGCCAUUCUCGGUUACGUUUACACCUGAAUUCGGUCGUAAGACGAUAGCCCUCUCGCGGGGCCCGGUUUCCGCGGUUUUCUUUUUUUAAUUAUUUAUUUCCGUGUAAACUGCGGUCUUGAUUUAAAAACAUUGAUGGUCGAUAAUUUAGCCCUGCGUUGAGGGCCCCCGGGAGAAACUGCACAGGAUUACAAAGUCACAUCAGACUGUUUUUUUUUUAUAUCCGGCGACAUGGCUCGACCACGGCCGCGGGAAUACAAGGCAGGAGAUUUGGUUUUCGCUAAGAUGAAGGGAUACCCGCACUGGCCGGCGAGGAUUGAUGAGCUUCCAGAAGGAGCUGUCAAACCGCCCGCCAACAAGUACCCCAUCUUCUUCUUUGGGACCCAUGAAACUGCAUUCCUGGGCCCGAAGGAUCUUCUGCCUUACAAGGAGUAUAAAGACAAAUUUGGCAAGUCCAAUAAGAGGAAAGGCUUCAACGAGGGCCUGUGGGAGAUCGAGAACAACCCCGGAGUCAAGUUCACAGGCUAUCAGGCCAUCCAGCAACAGAGUUCGUUGGAGACAGAGGAGGGGGGGAACGCCGCCGCCGCCGACGGCAGCAGCGAGGGCGAGGAGGGUGACUCUGUUGAGGACGAAGACAACAAGGAAAAGCUGAAGGGAGGGAAGACCGGAUCCAAACGGAAAAAGACGGCCACAUCCAAGCAGAAAUCUUCCAAGCUGUCGAGGAUCUCAUCCGUAGAGGACGACCUGGAGAAGGAUGGGAAAGAUGACGACCAGAAGAGCGGCUCUGAGGGAGGAGACCCCGACAACGACAUCAUCCAAAAUACCAUCGACAGUAAGAACCAGCUGCUCAUAGAAAAACAUUAAGUGAAGAAAAGCACGAAGUCUUCCCCCGUAGCUGAGAUGUUGGGAAGGUACAUCAACGACAUGAUCUCUCAUCAGCACCAUCCACUGGCCGCCAUCGUCACUUCCACCUCUCCGUCGGACUUCCAGUAUGUGUUUUGUAUGACAGACGCACCCAUAAUGAUACCGGUAUGGUGGUGGUCAUUGUGCGGAUGCCGGGGUAUAAGCGCUGAAACUUAAUGCCAAGGGGUCGUGUCUUGAACUCUCUAAAAUAGACAGGUUAAGAUUCGUAUUUCGCUUUCAUCCAGUGACUCUGAAUGCUUGUAGGUUUUAUAUUGUGAAAUAAACGUGAAGUAUAGGAUAUCUAAAGGGGCAUUAAGUACUUGACUUGACUUUGAUCGUGGUCUAAUGGCAACAAUUACGCGUUGUGAUAAUGUUAGCUGUGUUUAUAUGGAGCUUUUCGCUACUUGGCUCAUGCUACAAUAGCCCAAUAUAUAUAAUACAUUGAAAUAACAGGUGUACCCUUUCAUAACCCGUUAAGACAUUUAUUUGUGAAGCAAUAGGUAAGCGGUGUCCCUUUGCCCCCUUUUAAUAACUGCAAGAGUAGAACUAAAUCUGUUGCUUCACUGGGAAAAAUAGCGGUAAAAUGUCAACUGUUGCCUAUUUCUUGUUGUACAUGGACACUUAUUUGUGAUUAUCAUAAUUAAUUACGCUCUACCGAAAAAAUCUGAAGGUCUGCUUACGAGGAACUAUUAACUGCAUCAGCAAUUGGAGUUGCUGGCUAAAUUGUCCCGUAGGAACAGACGGGAAUAUGUUCAUAGGAAUUUUUUAUAUGGACAAUUUCAUACAGAAGGGAAAACAAUAUGUACUCGUUGCCAAGUCGCAAUGCAAAAUCACAAUAUGACAAUAAUUGAAAAAGGUUAGUGAACUAACACGACUUCUUCAGGGUUAGGCUAAUACAUUUUACAUGAUGGAAAACAGAAUGACCCUCAGAGUUUAAAGGCGAAUGAGUCGGAUUGUCCGGAAAAAACAGAAAUGUGUAGACUUAUACAUAAAAAUGAUCCCUUUCAAUCGUCACUUUGCACCCCACUAGAAGUGUGUGGCUGUGUCCGUAUCUGCAGAGACCCAGCCCCUCUGCCUGUAUUUUCUUAUUUUGCUUUGUCUGGCACGUUUCUGGGCGUUGACAUCUAUAAAAACGUAGCGACCGGGUGCCAGAUCGUAAGCACGCAUCCAAGAAGAAACUACAAAAGUGGCGGACAUUGUGCCAAAAAACCCCCCAAAAAACGCAUAUUUAGCAAGGGCGAAAUGCCAAGCGCACAAAACUUAUUCCAAAAGGAGAGCGCAUCUGGGGUUGGCUUUGUUUUUUCCACUGGCAAAUCAUCCUAAUUGCAUGCCAGUGGGCGUGGCUUCUGGCAUCGUAGAGCCGGGGAGGAGGGGCCGACUUUGACUGGCGCGUUUACGUACCUGCAACCGACAAAUCCUACUCAUUCUGCCUUUAAGAUAAUGAGGUAACUUUAAGACGUGGUGACAAAACUACGACAGUUCAAUUUCGUCAAGAAAUUAUUUUCAAGUGAAAGGGCCAGUAGUAUUCGUCACUCGCUAAAGAACAUUAAAGUAGAUUACUUACUGCCUCUUUAAUUGGUGUUGAAAAGUGACUUGUUAUAUUUGUUCAGAAGGUAAUUUUACAGUAGUUUGUGAAUUUCGUUACAAUAGAAAUACAGUAUCAGUGCAUCUCUACUGUGCAUGUGACAUGAUGUAAUACAGUCGUGUACAUGUCACAUUUAGGCCAGAAGAAACAGUGGGUUAGAUUGGCCCGUGUCCUUCAUAAUCAUUCAUAGUGUAGAUAGCCCCAUCUGUAUUUAUACCCGUGUAUACCUAUCUGUAUUGCAUCACUCACGAUCACCUGUCACUGUGUACAAAUGCAUUUGAUAAGACCUCCAUAUAUAUAUAUAU